AUGCCAAAAAGAAAGUGUUUGUUUUCGGACGAUUAUACUAAAGAGUGGUCAUUCAUUAAAAGAGGAAGAAAUGAUUAUGAAGCCUUUUGUUCAAUUUGCGGCUUUCAUAUAUCUGUCAGUCACGGCGGUAAGUCAAGUGUCAAAGACCAUAUCCAAAGUAAAAAUCACAAGACGAAAUUAUCAGUUGCAUCAACUUCUAGAGAUAUAUCGACAUUUAUGAUCACGCAAUGUACUGCCGAAGACAUGUUAAUAUGCGCUGCCGAACUGACCACAGCUUAUAAAGUCGUAAAGCACCACCAAUCGUUUAGCUCUUUAGAUUGUACGACAAAACUGAAUGCCGUAAUGUAUCCUGAUUCAAGUAUCGCAGCAAAACAAUCAACUGCAAGAACAAAAGCUACUGCUAUCAUUAAACACAUUUUAGCUCCACACUCGAUCGCGCAAAUUAAAACAGAAGUCGAAAAAGUUCCUUUUUACGGCAUUUCAACCGAUUCUAGCAAUCACAAAGCCGAAAAGUUAUUUCCACUGCUGAUACAGUACUUUACGGAAAAAGAAGGACUGCAAAUUAAAUUACUAAAAAUAGACUCAUUGCCGAAUGAAACAUCUGAUACAAUCACUUCAUUUUGUAUAAAAUCGUUGCAGGAUCAGAACAUCCCCGUACAAAAUAUUGUUGCUUUCAGCGGGGAUAACACAAACACUAACUUUGGCGGAAGAGAUAGGUACGGAGUUAACAAUGUUUUUUUUAAAUUAAAGGAGAUUUUGUCCAAAGACAUUGAAGGCAUCGGUUGCCCAGCGCACAUUCUGCACAAUACAGCGUCCACUGCUGCCGAUGUGAUGUCGAUUGACGUGGAGUCUAUUGUUCUGAAAAUUUUCAAGUAUUUUUCCAUAUUCACUGUAAGAGUGGAACGGCUUAAAGAUUUUUGUGAGCAAGCAGCAAUAGAAUACAACAAUAUACUCUCACAUUCCAGAAGUCGGUGGCUUUCACUACUUCCAGCAAUUGAACGCAUACUAAAGUUAUGGCUGCCAUUGAAAGAAUUUUUCGCUAAGGAAGCAAAAGCCCCAAAAGCUGUAGUCGAUUUUUUUGCUGAUCCCUUAUCAGAAGUUUAUACACUUUUUGUGCACAGUCAAGCAUUUCUGAUUGAAAAACAAAUUAAAAAGAUUGAAAAAUCAGUUAUUACCAUUGUUGAAGUGAAAAAUGUAUUACAGGAUACAAAAAAACAGUUGAGUGACAGAUUGAUAAAUAAAUAUUUAGGCAAUCAAACAACACAACUUUAUAACAAACUAAAGAAUGAAGGCACAAUUAAUACAAGUCAAUCCGAAACAUUUGACAAAGAAACAGGAGAUUUCUUUAACACUGCUAUAUGUUAUCUCGAACAGUGGACAGAGCCGAUGACAAAAUUUGAUGUUUUCGCUUGGAUGAUUUUAAAUGAUAUUCCUCAAUGGCAACAAGUAGAAGAAACUACAAAAUAUUUAAAUGAAAAGGAUAUAGGAAUAGAUGAUUCAAUGUAUGAAGAAUUUAUGUACUUAAAAUCGUUUAUUGAAUGUGAAAUCAGCGAUGAAUGGAAAGCUAAAAAUAUGGAAGCAAAAUGGAAACACUUUUUUGAAAAAACCGAAGAACUGGAAAGAAAAGCAAAUCUUCUUAAAAUGUGUCAAUAUAUUUUUGCAAUCCCAGGCCACAAUGCUCACGUAGAACGAGUGUUUUCGUUAAUUUCAGCGCAGUGGACGAAAGAACGAAGUUCACUCAGUGUAAGCACAAUCGAAAGCAUCAUUCAAUGCGUUUAUAAUUAUAAAAUGUCAUGCACGGAAUUUUAUAAUUACGUCAAAGGGGAAAAGGAAUUACUGAAAAAGGUUAAAAGUACAGAGAAAUAUGAAUGGGCAAAAAAAAAGGACGUAGUGUAA